AUGGCGAAUUAUGAAAGCGAAAGCGAAAGUUCAAAUGAUAUUUCUAUUUCAAGUUCAACACAUUUAAAUAAAAAACGAAAAAGUUGUGGCCCCACCUUUGAUGAAAUUUGGUUAUUUUACACAAAAGGUACCAGUAGGGGCAACGGACAUUAUAAAGCAUCUUGUCAGCACUGUUCAGCUGUUUGGGAACGCGGAAAGCCACAAGUCAUGAAAGCACAUUUAGCCAAUUACUGUGUAAAUUGCCCUGAAGAUAUUAGCAAUUACUGGCGGCAAAAGUUAAUUGAAGAAACUAAUACAAUUCGUACUCGAGUAAAUGAUUCACAAGAG